AUGUACGUUUCCAUCAUCCGCAUCCUGAUCAGUCUCGGAGGGAAAUGCCUGCUCAACUGGGCGCUGGUGUUUCUCCAGAGGACUCACGUCUGUGGGAGCUUCCUGGCAGCUUUUGCUGUUUCCGUGGCCGUCGUUGAUGCCGCCCUGACUCUCGCCGUCACCAUCAUUCACCACAGCGACGGGUCCCUGGUCCUCCUUGGCCACCUGCUGACCAGCUACCACAUAUGCUUGCUGCUUCAAAUUGUUGGACAAAUCCACAGGGUGCUCCAGUGGCCCGUGGUGGCCGCGGCCGCCGUGGAUCAUUUCUGCGCUGCGACUCGGAGGCUUCAUGCCACCACGGUCAGGACAAAAAGCGCUGUGUGUUUAAUCGGGACAUUCCUAUUGUGGGGCUUCGCCGCUCACCACACCUUUCUGCUGUCGGACUUCAAACCUGUCCUGGAGGACGUCUCCUACCACCACAUGCACAGAUGCUGGGUGGCCCCCUGCACCCAGGUCCUACACAUAGCCCUGAUCCUGCUCCUCGCCCUGGGCUACUCUGCGCUGCACGCCGGACGCUUUGGAAGGCUCAGCUCAUCCCCGAACAAUCAGCCGAAAGCCCAAACCGUAGACCAAAUUGAGGCUCAUUGCAGGAGCAGUUUCGUUCGACGCGUCCUAUCUAUAUUCCUCCACACUUGGAGCCCCUUCCUGGUUUUCCUGGCCGUGCUCCUGCUGCUGCCUGAGGAGAUCCCCUCACACCUGGCCCUCAGUGUCCCCUGGCUCUGUUUCCUGAACAGCCUUCUGGUCGCUCUUGUUUUAUGUGCAGUCUGUCCAGUUUUGCAGCUUUCGCCGGGCACAGCGGCACCUCUUCCAGACAGCUUUUGUGUGUGGAAAUUUUAG